GUGCAGCGAAGUUGUGCAAGCACACUUGUUCUGCAGUCAGCGUGUGUUCUCCAUCUCUCUCUCUCUCCUCCUCCUCUCUGCCAGAGUUUCACCUGAAGCCAUGAACACUGGAAUCUGUGUGUGCGUGCUGCUGGCUGCCCUCUCCACCAGCAGCUGCCUUUCUCUCCCGACACAUUCAGAAGAUGGAGUUCAGUCUGAUCUGGGGACCAUAGCGAAACACACACGCCACACCCGUGCAGCGCCGUCCAGUGGACAACUGAGCCUUCUGUCGAAACAAGAGGAUGACGAAGAACCCCGCAGCAGCUUGACUGAACUACUGGCCAGAAUCAUCUCCACCAAAGGUACAUACCGCAGAAGUCCCUCUCCGAAUAGCAGGUCCAUGGGCUCCACUCACAGAAUAAAGGACAGAGAUUACCUGGGAUGGAUGGAUUUUGGCCGACGGAGCGCAGAAGAGUACGAAUACUCCUCAUAAGACCCAUUCAACCACUGACAUGAA